CUCAAAUUUUUUGUCACGCAGUCCUAAGUUCAACCACAUAAUGGCUGUGAUUGAAAAGGAGAAGCGCGGUGACAAGAAGGCUCCUGUGGUGAUCGACGGGGCUGUCGGAUCGGCAGACGAUUCGAAAGGCACCGACGAGCAUGCAGCUAAGGAUGCAGUGGAGGAAACCAUAGAACCGACUGCAAAAGAUGAUCAGCCAUCUCCGUUGGCGAUCGUGGAACCGCUUUCUGAGUCUGAUAAAGAGCUAAAGAAACGGUUGGAGUAUUUGAUGAGCAUUCUCUCCGGUGACAAGGUGUGUGGCACAUAGACUUCUGAGUUCCUACUUUGAUCUUUUGAUUAUAUGGAUGGCAGUGGUAGUCACCAUCGGCCAGGAUCUCUUUUCUGGUUCCAUGUGAUCCUUUUCUUGUGAUUUCAAUGGUCUCCUUGUCCCGAAAUAAUGCAUUUUCCACCGUGAAUUUUACAUACUCUCCUCUAUCUUUAUGCAAAUCUUGGAACUUUUAUCUAAAUGGGAAUCGACCGAAGUGUUCGGCAUAUUUUCAUCCGCAGUGGCAGCGCUUGUCUGUCGAUCUUUUAAGCCCUGAUGCUAGGCCAGUUGGCUUCGUUUGUUACUAUGUGCAGCGCUUC